AUGCAGAGGAUCAAGGAGAUCGAGGCCGAAAUGGCCCGCACGCAGAAGAACAAAGCCACAGAGCAUCACCUUGGCGGUUUGAAGGCGAAGCUCGCACGGCUGCGUUCUCAGUUGCUAGAAGCGCCGAAGGGCGGCGGAGGCGGGAAAGGCGACGGCUUUGAUGUCGCGAGGCAGGGAGACGCGCGCGUGUGCAUGAUUGGCUUUCCGUCUGUCGGAAAGUCCACGCUGCUCAACUCGCUGACCGCGACGUCUUCGCAGCCGAGGGCGUACGAGUUUACCACACUGUGCUGUCAACCGUCGGUGUUCUACGUGAACAACGCGAAGAUUCAGCUCCUCGAUCUCCCCGGUAUCAUCGAAGGCGCCGCGGAAGGCCGCGGUCGUGGGCGACAGGUCAUCGCCGUUGCGCACAGCUGCGACUUAAUUCUCGUCGUACUCGACGCGACAAAGGACGAUCGUCAGAAAGAGCUCCUAACCAGGGAACUUGAGGCCGUGGGCAUCCGCCUGAACAAACGACGUCCCAAUAUCUCCCUCCGCAUCAAGAAGGGUGGCGGCUUGACUGUGAACUUCAUCGUGCCAUGCCCGCGGCUGAAUCUCAAGACGGUUCAACAGAUUCUUCAGGAGUAUCGCAUUUUCAAUGCCGACGUCGUUGUGCGAGAAGACUGCAGUGCGGACGACUUCAUCGACGUCGUGGAGGGCAACAGAAAAUACGUUCGCUGCAUCUUCGUUUACAACAAGAUCGAUAUGCUCCCUCUCAACGAAAUUGAUCAGAUUGCGAGGAAGCCGCACAGCGUUGUCAUCAGCAGCGGCGCGCUCUGGAACCUCGAGCAGCUGAAGGAGCGCAUCUGGGAGGAACUUGGCAUCGCCCGCGUCUACACCAAGCGAAAGGGCCAGUUUCCCGACUUCGAGGACCCUGUCGUCAUGACAGAACAACGAGGCCCGUGCACGGUCGAGACCGCUGUGUCGAUGAUUCACAAGGAGCUUCUGAAGGACUUCAAGUUCGCUCUGGUGUGGGGUAGCAGCGCGAAGCACAAUCCGCAGCACGUUGGCCUGAGUCACCAGCUCGCGGACGAGGACGUGCUGCAGAUCUUUAAACGCAUCUGA